UCGGGAGCCAAGGUCGGCGGCAUCUGAGGAGGAAGAGGAGUUUUGCAAAAUCAGUAUGAGGGCCACAGGAAGAAGUUUUUCAGGAAUUUGAUCCGCGAAGUCUUACCUUACGUUGACCCUAUUCUCCUAUUUGACCUUCCUAUGAAAAUCUCGCUUUUCUGACUUCUAAGCUAGUGACUCUUGAGACAAUAUCUUUUCUAUUAUUUCACCUUUCUCCACAACCAUGGCAUCAAUUUUUUUUCGCCGGAAAAUAUCAUCUUAUGGGGUUUCCCGCACUUUACACGGUAAUGGUGAGCCUUUUCAUCUAUAUUUUAAAUACAAGUUUGGAUGUUUUAGUAGCCCUUCAAACAGGAUACAGCUGUACAGCAGCCUCAAUGAUACCGACAGGAUUGAUUUAACAGACUUAACUUGUCCUCAUACAUGGUACCCACUGGCCCGGAAGAAACAGCGCAGGGUUAUAUUGCAUGUUGGUCCCACAAAUAGUGGUAAAACACAUCAUGCUCUGAAGCAACUUGAGUCAAGUUCUUCUGGCUUGUAUUGUGGUCCUUUAAGAUUGUUGGCAUGGGAGGUAGCAAAACGGUUAAACAGGGCAGAAGUGCCUUGUGAUCUCAUUACUGGUCAAGAACGUGAGGAAGUUGAAGGUGCGAAGCACAAGGCUGUGACAGUUGAGAUGGCUGAUGUAACAUCCAAGUAUCAUUGUGCUGUUAUUGAUGAAGUACAGAUGUUGGGGUGUAAUAUGAGGGGCUAUUCAUUUACACGUGCUUUAUUAGGAAUAGCUGCAGAUGAACUUCACCUCUGUGGUGAUCCAGCUGCUGUUCCUCUCAUUCAGGAGAUACUGAAAGUUACGGGAGAUGAGGUUGAGGUUCAAUAUUACGAGAGACUGUUACCUUUAGUUCCUUCAAAGACUCCUCUUGGAUCUUUCUCUGAUGUACAAAAGGGUGACUGCAUUGUUACCUUUUCGCGUAAGGGUAUAUACAGAUUGAAGAAGAAAAUUGAGAGUGAGGGAAAGCAUCUGUGCUCAGUAGUUUAUGGCUCACUGCCCCCAGAGACUCGAACAAGGCAGGCAACCAUGUUUAAUGAUGCAAGUAGCGAGUUUGAUGUUCUUGUGGCCAGUGAUGCCAUUGGAAUGGGUCUUAAUCUGAACAUUUCUCGGAUUAUAUUUUCAACUAUGAAGAAGUUUGAUGGUUUUGAGAUGCGUGAUCUCACUGUACCUGAAAUCAAGCAGAUUGCAGGGAGAGCUGGUAGAUAUGGGUCUAAGUUUCCAAUUGGGGAAGUAACAUGUUUAGAUGCAGAGGAUCUACCCUUGCUUCAUUCAUCAUUAAAUUCUGCAUCACCCACUUUAGAGCGUGCUGGGAUACUUCCUCCGUAUGAUCUCAUGCAUAUACAUUCACGACUACACCCCAAAGAUAGUUUCACACAGAUACUGGAGCAUUUUUUAGACAAUGCGAAAUUAUCAGAGAAUUAUUUCAUCGUUAAUUGUGAAGAUUUAUUGAAAGCCGCUGCUAUUAUCGAUGAGUACCCACUUGGAUUGCAUGAAAAAUAUCUUUUUUGCAUAAGUCCAGUUGACAUGAAUGACGAAAUUUCAUCUCAAGGCCUUACACAGUUUGCAGAGACUUUUGCUAAGAAAGGCCUUGUUCGGCUUCGGGAAAUAUUUACACCAGGUACACUCAGGGUGCCCAAAACACCAUCUGCUCUUGAGGAACUUGAAUCUAUCCACAAGGUCCUGGAUCUUUAUGUUUGGCUAAGUUUCCGAUUGGAAGAUUCUUUCCCAGACCGCGAGCUAGCUUCAUCUCAAAAGGCCAUCUGCAGCAUGUUGAUUGAGGAGUUUCUGGAGAGGUUUGGGUGGCAGAAGCGGAAUGCAGCAAGGUUGCCAAAGCGUUCCGCUAACAUGUCUUCUCUCCUGUCACAACGUGUCAGGCCAUAUUUGUAAAUUACUUUGGGGCUGUCGUGGGUCCCAUUCCUGGCCUUUCAUUUUUUAAUCUUGUAGUUUAUUUCUUAAUAUCUGUAAAUUAUUCUGAUAAUAUAAUAAAAGCAAUAGUCAUCUGUUUGGGAAUUAUAUCCA